CAGGAAUCUGAGACAUUGGCUCCAUCAAACCUACUUGCAUCAUACUGGCUCAAAGUUUACAGACAUGAAGCCGCUGUUUUUGACUUUCAUCUUUAUAGCAUUUGCAUCUCAAAUUAAAAAUGCUGUUUCAGAUUCAGUUGAAUCUCUGGGACGCUCAUUCAUUCAAAAUGCUUUGCAGGAAGCCAUGAAAAAGGGUUGAUGGAGCCUACAAAUAUUCGAGAGAUGUAGAUCUUUUAAAAAUCAAGAAAAAAGAGCUCUCACCAUAUGAGCUGCUCUCUUUUUCAAAGAGGCCAAUGGCAGAGACGAGGAUUGCAGUACGUGCAGCUGACUACAUGGAGGCCACCCUUGAUAUAAUCCAGCAGAAGAUGAGCAGGAUCCACAAACGCUCAUUGAAUGCCACAGAUCUUUUAUCACCUGAAGAUCUGAACGUGAUUGCCCGAGUCACUGGCUGUGCUGCCCAAACUGUGCUGCCAUCAUGCAACUCAAUCCCCUUUGUAGACAAAUACAGGACCAUCUCUGGCGUGUGCAAUAACAAGAAGAAUACCCGGCUUGGUGCUUCAAACACCCCUUUCACACGAUGGCUGUCUGCCCAGUAUGAUGAUGGCAUCUCUGUUCCACGCAGUUGGAUUCCAGCAACCAAGUACUCAGGUUUCAACCUUCCUCUGGUCCGUGAAGUCUCCAAUAUAAUUUUGCAUGCAGCAAAUGAAAACUUGCCUCAAGAUAACUUAUAUUCAUUCAUGCUGGUGCUGUUUGGGCAAUGGACAGAUCAUGAUUUGAGUAACACCCCUGUGUCUCCAAGCAUUCGGUCCUUCAAUGAUGGAAUUGACUGCAGCACAUCCUGUCAGCGGGCUGAACCCUGCUUCCCUAUUCAG